ACCCGUCUUAUAGCUGUCAACUGGAGAACGUAAAUUUUAGCGCGUUUGCGCCGAAAGGCUCUUGGUAUAUAUAGAAGUCCUACCUAUACUUUAUAACGAAAUAGACUUUUUUUUUAAAAUAGCUUAGUCAUAGAAUGUUAGAUAUCCAUUUAAACUAAUAGCAAAUUAGGAAAAGUAAUGAACAAUUUUAUUUCUGUAUACAAGAAUAGUAGCAUUUCAAAUGACUUUUUCUGUUAAAGCUUUGUCAUGUGUAGUUUAACUUGUUGUAUACUGUUGAACAAAGAUGAAGAUUGCAGUCCAUCCACUAUCCAACAAUCCAACUGAUGCUUGGCAAGAACUGUCGCAGCAGCAAAAAGUUAUCAAAAUAAUAUCCAAGACUCCAACAACAGAAAUUCCAAAAGAUAAGCUUCGAGUUGUUUGUAUGAGCGACACACAUUCCUUGACACAGUACAUUAAAUUUGACAUUCCCAAUGGAGAUGUUUUUAUACAUGCUGGAGAUUUCACAAAGUGCGGAAGUUUACAAGAAGUUGUGGAUUUCAAUAAUUGGAUUGGUAAUCUCCCGCACAAACAUAAAAUUGUGAUUGCAGGAAAUCAUGAGCUAAGCUUUGAUUCUACAUUCACACAUCCAUUUUCUACUCACCUUAGUGGAGACCGUCACAAGACAACAGGGACCAGUAUAUUUGAUAGUAUACCUACCUUAGGAAUGCCAAAAGAUGUUUUGAAUGAAGCGAUACAAGCAAAUAAUGUUAAAGAUAAACUAACAAAUUGCACAUACUUGGAAGAUUCAGAAAUUGUUAUUUCUAGAGUGAAAAUUUAUGGAACCCCAUGGCAACCAGAAUUUUGCAAAUGGGCCUUUAAUGUACCUCGUGGGGAGCCAUGUUUAUCCAAAUGGGAUAUGAUUCCAUCGGAUACAGAUAUUUUGGUAACACAUACACCACCAGUAGGACACGGGGAUCAAUGUUGUAGUGGAGUGAGAGCUGGAUGUGUGGAGCUAUUAACUACAGUUCAGAAUAGGGUAAAACCCAAAUAUCACGUAUUCGGUCAUAUACAUGAAGGGUAUGGCAUAACAACAGAUGGCAAGAUAAUAUACAUUAAUGCUUCGACAUGUGACUUAAACUACUUACCGAGCAAUCCACCAAUAGUGUUUGAUGUAACGUUGCCACCAGGUGUUGAAAAAACAUAAAUGGAAAUUAAUCUUUAGCUUGCGGCACAAGACAAAUUUAAUAAAUUAGUUAAUAUCGCGUAAAUAUUUAGAUAGAAAAGUGAUAACCGACUUUGUUGUAUUUAAAUCUAGUACUUAGAUUAUCUGAACUGAUUUUUAUAACACAAUAAGAGCUAAUAUUAUGAAGAAUAAGUAAAUGGACAAAUCAAGAGAAUCUCAUUAGUUAGUCUAUAGUAGCUUUAUUGAUAAUACACGUUUUGUAUUCAGCAGUUUGUAUCUAAACUAAUAUUUAUUUUUUUAUCGUACUACUUCAUACACUGCUACUUUUAAUGCGCAAAGAAUGUAUUUAUCGUAAAACGAUUUAGCUUUAAAAUUUAUGUUUAUAAAAAUAUAUAGAAUAAUUAUAUAAAAUGUUUGCAACUUUGAGGAAGAAGGCAGGUCAGGUUGUCUAAAAAGAAUAAUGUAAAUCCCACAAAUAAAAUAUCAAAUUUGAUAUUCAUUAAUUGUAACAGUAAAAAACAUACAUAAGUUGUAAUUACAAUGUUAGUACUCUGAGGUAAACAAUAAGUUUCAUUACAAAUGUUUUGUUGUAACAUUGUGAGCAUUCCAAAGUGCCAUUAGUUUUUUUAUUUUUAUAAUUUUAAUCUCGAUUUUACUUAGCUUUAUAAUUUUUUUGUACUUUAAUAGAUCAACAAAAAACAAAAAAUAAAACAUUUGAAAGAAUCUUCCUAUGGCAUUUUUAAUUUGUUUCAUUUCCACUUAAUUUUGUCGAUCAAGACCAGCUUCAGCGAAAUCAUCGAGACCUGCUCACCAAAUUCACUGGCUUUUGAAUGUAUAUGUAUAUACAAAUUUUAUAUACGUUGCUAUAAUUAAUCUACUAUACGGUAUAUCCAUUAAUUACAAUUUUAGCUAUGCGAGUUCAUG